UUCACGGGCUCGUCAACAUGUGGGAUGUUUUUGUACCCCUGUCAGAGGUCUGGUGACCGCCUUACCAGACUUUUUUUUUCCUCCCUGUCGGCGGUUUCAUCGGUUAUGAUAUGAUCAUGGGAGUCAAUCACUGCAAUAACUAAUCCGUUGAUGCCCUUCUCUUGUAUUCCCCGUUGUAUUGUAAAGGCAAAAUAAACGAGGAAUGGCCGUGUUAGUUCACUUUUCUUCACUUGCUUCGUGCUUCCACCCUAAGGAGACUUGACUAAGAGUUAUCCCACCUCUGUUCCAAAAAAAUGUCACAAAGGACAUACAAUGAGCUGUGGGCAGAGGCCCAAGUGGAGUUGAGUCGUCUUUUAGUCGAUGAAGUUCCCCCUCAGCCUAUUCCGCCAGAAAAGGACCGAGUGUUAUUCUUCCAGAGAGUGGCCAUGCUGUACGUGCGCUAUUUGCAGAUUUUCAGACAACUAGAGAAGGUCUACGAUCAGGUGGUGCAGCCUCAGAAGAGGCGACUUAUUCUGCAUACCCUCGAAAGUGUAAUGGGUCGAGUCUUAGAGUUGAGGAAGGAAAUGGUGGAAAAAGAGUUAUGCGAGUAUCAUUACAUGGAUGAUGUCCUGCACGACCUAAAGCUCACACCUGCUGACCUUGAGAUUCCCAUCCCGCACUAUUUUUUGAGUGAACGCAGCCAAGCAACUGAAGAGAACGCAACAAUGCUUGCUAAUAUCCUUCAAGCAGUGGAGACUACUGGAAUGCAAAAACAUGCAAUAAAGGGCAUGAGUCAAGAUGAGGCCAUCCAAAUCAUUCAAGUGGCAGAGAGGGCACGCCAAGGUCGCCUGAGGGCAGCCUUGAAUGAAGCCAGUCGAAGAUUGAGCAAGAUACCCAUGGCUGAGGCGCCCAAGCCCGCUGACAUGGACCGAGCCGCAAUCCGCAUCCAGAAGGUUUGGAGGGGUUAUGUAGAGAGGAAGAAAACAAAGGCUGCUCGCAUUGAAGAUAUGACUUUUCUGGGAAUGAUCCCACAUCCAAAAUACCAGGCACCAUGUGAGGCCAUAAUCACUGCCCAAGCCAACGAAAUGGCCAUCCGACAGAGGCAGAAGGAACAUCAGGAUGAUUACCAAAAAGCUGUGAUUGAAAUCACAAGCCAACUGAUCGAGGUGGAGGGUCAAGACAUAGGCAACAACAUGAAGGAACAAAUCAGGCAGUGGUUUAUUGAAUGUCGUAACCUAACAGGAGUAUUCCCAGACUUUCCAGAUGAGGAUGAGGGAGGAUCAGCCAUACUUUUUGCUGAAAAGGAUUAUCAGCUGGUAGUGAAAGAAAUGGAAGAAAAUGAAGAGGAUGACAAAAAUAAAAAAGGAAAGGGCAAUGACAAGAAAGAUGCAAAAAAAUCCAAGGAGAAGGCUGCGGAAGAAGAGGAUGCCUUGGUGAUGUUACCAUCUGCUUUUUUGGCAGAUUUGGAAAUGUGCAAUAAAACCUAUGCCGAUUUCUGGGAAACCCGCACUGAGACUCAAAAUUUUAACCAGCGGCAUGAGGUGGAGCUGAUCAAGGAGGAGAAAAGGGUGGACAUUAUGUCAGAGAUUCGGAUUAAGGUCGAUGAGGAUAUGAGACAGGAACUGGCAGACUGGAGGCUUGCUGUUGAAAAAACCCCAGCUAAAGUUUAUAAAAAAAAAAAAGCUGGCAAGCGUGAUAAGAAGAAGAAAAAAAAAGGGGAGAAAGAUUUGACACCGGAUAGGAGUCUUGCGUCUCUAUGUCAAGAGAUGGUGGAGGAGGGUUUGUUGAGGCAAGUCAAACCUGUACGAAUGGAGGACUACAUUGGUGACUUCAAUUAUCUUGGAACCACACUGAGACGGAAUGACAUUGAACCCAUGCCUUCAAUGGCAGACGUGCGACAAAUCGUAUCUCUCUAUGGAAUUCUACCUUUAGGUUCUCAGGUAGUCCACCAGAAAGCCCCCUUUAUAAAGGCCAUUCUACUAGCCGGCCCACCAGGAGUUGGUAAGAAGAUGUUGGUCCAUGCAGUCUGCCAUGAGACUGGCGCCACCCUAUUUGACCUUUCCCCUCUCAACAUUGCUGGGAAGUAUCCCGGCAAGAGUGGCCUGACAAUGAUGCUCCAUUUGGUGUUUAAGGUCGCAAGAUUGAUGCAGCCUGCAGUCAUAUUGAUUGAUGGUGCAGAGAAAAUGUUCUACAAGAAAGUUCCCAAGGAGGAAAAGCCGUUAGAACCAAAACGCUUGAAGAAAGAUUUGCCCAAAGCUCUCAAGCUGAUCAAAGAAGAAGAUCGUGUUCUCGUCAUAGGAACAAGCAAAGAUCCCAUAAGUGCGGAAAUCAAGUCCAUGUGUAAAAUGUACACAAAAGUUAUCCUCAUCCCAAGGCCGGACUACGGAUCCAGAUUCAUUUUGUGGAAGCAACUGAUCGAAAAACACGGAGGGAAGAUAACGUCAGCGUUGGACCUCAGCUCCUUGUCAAAAAUUUCCGAUGGCUACACCCCAGGUUUCAUGAUCCAGGCAAUCCAGCAAGUUAUUACCAAGAGACGACUCCUUCUGCAAGAUAAGAGGCCUUUGACCGCUAUUGAGUUCGUGGCCCCAUUAGCCAAGUUCACACCCGUGUUUCAGGAUAAGGAAGAAGCCUUAAAAAAAUGGUAUGCAAAGACUCCCUUGGGAAAGAAGCGAGCUAAGGCGGCUGCAGAAAGAGAAGAAGCACUACAGGCGCUAAAUAAAGACAAAGCUCCCCCGAAGAAAGGAAAAGGAAAAGGAAAAGGAAAGAAAUGA